UGGAAGGAAAACACGCGAGUAAAUCGUCUCCAAAACAGCUCGCUCCUUCGGGUAACUACAGCCCAGAAUCAGAAUUCUGAUAAUAAUUUUGGACAACUCUUCGCAUUCGGACCGCAAAGCUUAUUUCAUGUUUUAAGUCAUUCCCAAAGAGACACGACUCCUUCUUCUCUCAACUGAAACAGAAAGAAAAGUACAUCAUUUCAAAAUGGCACUGAUGAAUCUGCCGAUAGUAGGGCCCAUCUCUGUGUCUGAGGGCUUAGUGGCCAUAGUAACAGUGUGUGUGGCAUACUUGCUACUGAGGCUUUGGCAGAAUGAGAUUCCAGAGGGGCUGCGGCGGCUUCCAGGACCAAAGCCGCUCCCUGUCAUUGGAAACGUGCUGGAAGUGGGUACCAAGCCACACCUGAGCCUGAGCGCCAUGAGCGAGCGGUACGGCCCCGUCUUCCAGAUACAGAUCGGCAUGCGGCCCGUGGUGGUUCUGAGCGGGACUGAUACCGUGCGACAGGCGCUUAUUAAGCAAGGGGAGGAAUUCGCUGGCCGGCCAGACCUCUACAGCUUCCGCUUCAUCAAUGAUGGCAAGAGUCUAGCCUUCAGCACUGACCAGGCUGGGGUAUGGCGUACACGCCGUAAGUUGGCUUUGAGUGCCCUGCGCUCCUUCUCGACCAUCGCGGGCAGCAGCUCAGACUAUUCUUGUGUGCUGGAGGAGCACGUCUCUAAGGAGGGCGAGUACCUGGUGAAACAACUCAGCACUGUCAUGGAUGCCGCCGGGAGCUUCGACCCCUUCCGCCACAUCGUGGUCUCAGUUGCCAACGUUAUCUGCGGCAUGUGCUUCGGCCGGCGCUACAGCCAUGAUGACCAGGAGCUGGUGAGCCUGGUGAACAUGAGCGACGAGUUCGGGCAGGUGGUGGGCAGCGGCAACCCCGCGGACUUCAUCCCUUUCCUGCGCUUCCUGCCCAGCCGCACCAUGAAAGCCUUCCUGGACAUCAACACUCGCUUCAAUGCCUUUGUGCAGAAGAUUGUCAAAGAGCACUACAAUUCCUAUGACAAGAACAACAUCCGGGACAUCACAGAUUCCCUGAUUGAUCACUGUGAGGACAGGAAACUGGACGAGAACUCAAAUACCCAAGUCUCCGAUGAAAAAAUCGUUGGCAUUGUUAAUGACCUCUUUGGAGCUGGGUUUGACACCAUCAGCACUGCUUUGUCAUGGUCAGUCAUGUAUUUGGUUGCAUACCCUGAGAUUCAGGAGAAACUUCAUCAAGAAUUGAGGGAAAAUGUAGGAAUGGAUCGCACUCCACGUCUCUCUGACAAAUCUAGUCUACCCCUCCUUGAGUCUUUCAUCCUGGAGCUCCUUCGCCACUCCUCCUUUCUGCCCUUCACCAUCCCCCACUGCACCACUAAAGACACAUCAUUAAAUGGAUUCUUCAUUCCUAAAGACACUUGUGUCUUCAUCAACCAAUGGCAGGUCAACCAUGACCCUAAAAUGUGGAAAGAGCCCUCUACUUUCAGCCCAGAGCGCUUCCUGAAUGCUGAUGGCAGGAGCGUCAACAAGCUGGAGGCAGAGAAAGUGCUAGUGUUCGGCCUGGGCAAGCGGCGCUGCAUUGGGGAGGCCAUCGGGCGUGCCGAGGUCUUCCUCUUCCUGGGCAUCCUGCUCCAGAGGAUGCGCUUCCAUGACCUGCCUGGGCAUCCGCUCGACAUGACGCCCGAGUACGGGCUCACCAUGAAGCACAAGCGGUGCCAGCUGCGUGCCAGCCUGCGGGUGCGAUAGUGGGACAGAACACCCAGCUUCCCUGUUCCUGCCUCACAGUGCAUUGACUCUUAGCUGUCCCCAAACAUUGGUUAAACAUUAGUGCAGAAAAUUCUAAUGGAGAACUGUCUCGUAUCUAGAGUCAAGCACCAUGUUUUGUUCUGUCCUCCAUUCUCUUAAUGAGGAAUGAGUCCCAGUCUGCUUUAAGGAAGACUGGUAAAGUGGCAUUGGCCAUUAAUUGCAUAUAUAAUGGAGAAUUAUAUAAGUAAUGCUAAUUUAGCAACCCUCAGGGAAUACUGGACAUUUUCAAAUUUGCAGAAAUCAGUCUGCUGCUGUACAUAUUUUUGUGCUCCACAAAAUCUUAUUUCUGUACCCACACUAAACCAUUCCUCGUUCUAUGGUGCAU